AUGGUGAAACCAUGCAGCAACAAGAGCAACAAGAAAGGCAAUGGCAAUGCUCUGGAUAAGGAAGAGAUCAACGUACCUGACGUACCUGUGAAAGACCUGGCUGGUACCAUGAAGUCGCCUGCUGGAUCGGCGUCUGCUGCGGUGCUUGGUCCUUUUGAAGAUCUCCUUGACCUGCAGAAGAACAUCAACAAGGAUGCUGAGGAAGAUGGAAAGGAGGCUGAUGAGAACGGUGCUGAUGCCGCUGCUCCUCAGGGACUUGCUGGAGAGCACGAGGCAAGGGAGGAACUUGGUACUGAUGACAAUGAACAAGAUGAAGUGGACGCGUCACCGUCGGAGACUCCUGGCGAGGAGGAUGACGGUUAUUUGAGUGACGACAGCGACGAACAUUUGGAGCCUGACUCGCUUAACUGCGUUAUUGCUUUUAAGCGAUUUUCACUAACCUUACUGGUGCCAAUCAGCAGGAAGACUGAAGUGACGCGCGCUGCUGUCACGGUUGCCGCUCCGCUGGAUGAUUGGAAGGAGCAUAUGUCGCCGGAUGUGCUCCAGACUACAACUUACCAGGAGCUUACGCCGACUUUUUUCUCUGGCACGCGCUAUGGUCGUCUCCAGGUCACGUUCAAUCACGUCCGCGAUGCAAAAUUCGUUUGGAAUCAGGUCAUCCGUCACAAGUGCGUGAACGGGGACCUCAUUGAUAUCACCUGGCAACAUCCGGAGGACGCGCGUUUCCUGCGCGAGCGAGUGCUGAAUCCGACGGCCAAGGAGGUUGUGAUUAAGGGGGUGCCGGCGGAGAUUACGGCGGAACUGAUCCGUCGCCUCUUGGUGGUGUCUAAGUUGGGCUUGCAGGCGACGCCGCACACAGUCUUCCUCGGUGAUCUGAACAUAGUAGCAGACCCAGAACUUGACAAGUCUUUGAAGCUGGGUACGCCGGCAGAGAACCAACGGCUUGUGCAGAUUUGCUCGAGGUGGGACCUGCAGGACGCUUUCAGGUGCCUGCACCCAACUCGCAAGGAGUUCACUUUCUUCUCCAGAUCUGCACAGACCAGCACGAGGAUCGACAGGGUGUUAGUGUCUCACUCUCUGCUCGGUUCCGUGGACGAGGCUAAACAUAAAAUGGUGCCGUACGGUCUCACCGAUCACUGGUUUGCGGCGACGGUGACACUCAAGACAUCGGCUGGAGACCAUGGACCGGGUCUAUGGAGACUGCCAGCACCUCAUGUUGGAGGGGAAGGGACCAGGAAAAUUGUAUCGGCGGUACUGGAGUCGCAUGCGAGUCAACCGGUCCAGGGCCUGGAGAGGCUUGUGGCUAGCCUGCGCGCGGGAAUGAGGGCACAUGUAACGGAGGAAAGGAAGCGAGUGAGGGCGACCAUGAAACAUCUAGAAUUGAAUGUGGAAGGGCUCAGGUGGAAGGUCAUGAACAGCCCAUCUGACCAGGACGCCUAUGAGGAGUUGAUCAAAAACGAGGUGGCUCUAAAGCUAUAUCAGGACAGCAGUAAAGAGCGCUUGCAGGCCAUGACGGGUUUGCUGGCGGAGGUGGCUGGGGAGACGCCGUCGGCUUUCCUCUCAGGCCUGCUCAAGUCGAGGAAGGCAAAGACUGCAAUCAGCGAACUGUUUUUCAAAGGGACCGCAAGGAGGGGUGCGAGGGAAGUACUGCUCGCGGCUUCAGAACACUUCCGUGAUGCGUAUGUGGACCUACCGUUGCAUCUCAUCUCGGACCCAUGGCCGAUCGAUAAAGAGAGGAGGCUUCGGGAUGAUGACCGUUCUCAACUCGGAGGAGAAUGGUCGGAGCAGGAGGUGAAGGCUGCGCUUAAAGGACUCCCGGUGGGGAAGGCGCCUGGGGAAGACGGCCUGCCAAAGGAGUUCUUCGAGCGCAACUGGGAGCUUCUCGGCGAGGCGGUGAUGAGUGAAGUCAGAGUCUUCGAGCGCACAGCGAAGCUCUCCGAAUCAUUCAUGACCGCAGUCACCAUCUUGCUGCACAAAAAGGGAGACAGGGACAACAUUGGCAAUUACAGACCAGUCACGUUGCUGAGCUUUUUCUACAAACUGGUGGUGAAGGUGUUGGCGAAUCGGAUCAAGCUGGCCUUACCAAGGGUGAUUUCAGAGAACCAAUUUGGCUUCCUCCCAGGGAGAAGUCUGGCAGAUGCUGUAUCACUGGUGGCUGAUGCGAUUGAUGCAGCAGAAGAGGAGGAUGAGGACUGGCUGCUUCUUCUGGUUGACUUCCAGAAAGCCUAUGAUUCCGUCUCCCGAGGAUACCUGUUUGGGACACUGGAGCGCAUGGGCUUCCCGGACAAGUUUAUCGCCUGGGUUAAGGGUUUACAUGAAGGUGCUGCUACCAGAUUACUACUCAACGGCUGGCUGGAGGAGUGCGUAGACAUGGAGAAGGGAGUGCUGCAGGGUUGCCCGCUAGCCCCAUACCUCUUCCUCUGCGCGGUCGAACCACUCUGCCAGGAGAUCACAAGGAGGAAACGGGGGGUCAGGAAAAGGGGGAUGAAAGGAGAACUCGCUUACAACGGCUAUGCGGACGACACAACACUUAUCCUGAAAGGGAAGGAUCAGGUGGAGCGGGCAAAGAAGCUAUUGGACGAGUUUGCGGAGAUAUCGGGGAUGUGUGUGAACCGUGACAAGACGACGUUGAUGCCGUUGGGGAAGAAUCGGAGACGGUUGCAGCCUCUGGUGACGCCUUUCAAGUGGGUGGACAAGGACAAGGUGGAAAGGCUGUUGGGUAUAUGGAUCACAUCUGGAGGGUCGCCGGUGCCGACAUGGGAUAAAGCCUUUGAGAGCAUAAAUGCGGUGCUGAGUUGCUGGGAGACGAAACACCUCAAGACGACGGCGCGGGUCACCAUUAUAAACAGCUACGCAAUGCCGAUCCUGCUGUUUCAAGCGCAGAUAUAUGCACCGCCGCACGACGUAUGGACGAAGGUGAAGCGGCUCUGUCACAACUUCAUAUCAGGGGGAAAGGCGGUGCUGGAUAGGCACUUCACUCUUUGGAGUUACGACCUGGGGACGGAAGGAGGGAGGACUGGGCGUUAUUAA